AUGUCAAAGCUCGAGGCCGCCCGCGAGCAAUUCAGUGCCCAAUACGGACGUUCACACAACACAUUGCUGAACUCCAUCCCUCAGUCGUUGACUAAACGCACCAUAUCCGCCGCGGAUCGCUUGUCUGCUGCACGCGAUCAGCUCGAAGCCGACCUCUCUUCCCUCAACAAGCGGAUCGCCAUGCCCGAGUCACCACGAGAGGCCCUUGCAGCCGCCAAGGCUCAACUUGCGGACGCCUACAACCAUCCAUCUCUCAACAAACGAAUGGCCAUGCCAGAGUCACCGCGCGAAGCGCUCGCUGCUGCUAAAGCCCAACUUGCCGAUGCUUAUAACCAUCCCUCCCUUACCAGGCGUGACGAUGAUUCCGCACCAACAGGGGGUGUUGCGGACAUGCCGACGAGCACCAUGCAGAAGACCGUCAUUCCUUUAGUCAUUGGUAUUGUCCUAAUCCUAAUCUUCGGUAUCGUCGCCGGCAUAAUCGUCUACAAGCGUCGGCAGAAGAACAAGGCCGCAGAGAACGGCCAGCAUCGUCGCAAAGGUCUCGACAUCGAGGAUGAUGGGGCUGACGAGGACUUUGAGAUGGGGGUCGGACCACGCGUGCAGACUGUUCAUGGCAACACUGCGAAUCGGGCUGGUGGCUGGAGUGACGAUGACGACGUUAGCCCGCCGCCACGGGACCGUGCAAGCAGUUUGAGGAAGGAGGGUGGCGCUGGUACUCAUGUUCGCGGGCUUGAUGACAAGGAGUUUGCUUGA